UCCUUUUACGACGAGGACAAAAAUCCGUAGGAAUAGGCUAAAUCAAAUCUGUUGUUCUCGUUGUAUUUCUUCAUUUCAUCCAGCCAAACAUUUGACUUGUAUAACGAGAAUUUUCCGUAGAAAUAUAUGUCAAUACAUCAAUGAUCUGUUGAGCAGUAUGAGCUAUAAGCCAGACGACAGGCACGAACGGGAUGUUCACCCUUCACGAAUUGCAACAUGUACAAGCGUUACCUUGGACAAAGAUAAAUACGAAAAAAACUUGAUACGGAGUAGUCAAGCAACAGAUGCUAUGGCGAUGUAUGAUUUCAAGAAUUCGCAAAGUCGACCUAUUGCUCCUGCAUCAUUAAACCCAUCUGGUGCUUUUCUACCACAUACUUUUGGUGUGGGCAUUUAUUCUUCAAUGCCACCAGUAAUGAUGCAUAAUACCCCUGGCACUGUUCCAGCAUUCUUACCUUUUCAACGACAUAUGCCUACAUUGGCUGUAUCUGGAGCUGCAGCUGCUGUUCAUAUCUCAUCAAGACCAUCACUGGCAACACCAAGUAGGCCUGCUGUGGUUGCCCAUCAUAUGAAACCAGCUGGUUUGCCAGGUCCGUUACAUGCAAUACCUGGUAUCACUUUGCCGGUUCGUCCUGCAUCUAAGCUCUUCAGCAAACCAGGUCACCAUCUCCGAAACUGUUGUCUGACUCUUCAACUGUUGAAGUUGUGAAAGCAGGUGAUAUCAAAUCACAAGCAGCACCAACUGAAGCUCAUUCCGUUGUGGAAACUCGUCCAGCAGGGGGGGAACGUCCAACUUACAAUCCACAUCAUGUUUUGGGCUCUUCAAAUUCAAAAACCUCUUCGACUGUGGGCCUUGGCAAGAGCACGUCCAGUAUAACAGCAUCAUCUAUUAAUACACCUGGCUUUAUAAAGCAUCCAAUGUCAACAACAGCCCAUAUCCCAUCUUCAAGCACAAUUGGUGGUCCUAUUCCGUCAGUCUCAUCGAAUUUUAAUGUUCCAAAAGUGAUUGCUAAUGUUGGUCCAACAGGAAUGGGUCAACUUUACUCUCAACCGUCCUCUGUUUCAUUCACCACCAGAUCUCCGCAGUUACAAGAUCAUACGCGGCUUUUGAAACCAACUAGUGCAACGUCGACUGCUUCGUUUGCUGCUCACGUUACUCCUAGUGCGUCUGUUAUAUCAUCCCCAGCAGUAGCUAGUAUUUCCAAUUCAAGAAUAGAUGCAAACAGACAAUUUCCUGUUCCCCUGCCGAGGAUGCCGUCAUUUUUUGACGGGCACACAGUUUCCUUACCACCGACCGGCAAGCCUUAUAUUGCACCCAUCGAAUCUGUUGUUCGUAAACCAACGAGCAUUGCCCAAAUACAUUCCACCGGUCACGUGACCACAGGAAUAAAUUCUGUUCAGUUAAAAGUGUCUCACAAUUCGCCAGUUUCCGUUGCUGUUGUAAACAUGGGUGUCCAGUUAACGAAGUCGGAAGCUGAAAGUAAAAAUCAUCAAACCAAGUCCUCACUUCCAAACUCCACGUGUAUUUUUAGCGUUCAAAAUAUGUUAUCCAAUACACAAUCGUCUUCUUCCAACUCUUCCUCGUCCAACAUCGUCACUUCACUAUCGCCAAGGCCGAGUAUAUUAAGAAAAAGACCCGAUACUUUGAGAAAACCCAUAAGUCAGCCGUCGUUUGACGAUUCCCAAAUUACGACCACGAAUGAUCUCACUGGAAAUAUUAGAGCAGAUGGUUUGCAAUCCAACUCACUUACCAUUCAAAAUUCUCCAAAAAGUGAAAAUGUAAUUACCACUUUGGAAGGAAAUACAAAGGCAGUUGAAAACGGUUCAAGUCAUCCAUCAAUAUUAUCGCCAGCAAAAAUCAAACGAGAAUUCUCAUCUCCGUUGUCAGCCCAACAUGUAGUUGCGCCUGCAGUCAACACCAUCUCAUUGUCAUCGGUCUCUCACGACGCGGGUGCGUCGCCCAGGAAGAAACCACGAAAGCAAAAUGUCGUCGCGACAGAAGAUAAGUUCGGCAGCUUGCCCCUCAAGUGUCAGACAUACACGAGAUAAAGAGCGUUGUGAAUGUGAAAAUCGACGAGGAGGAAGAAGAAGAGUUAAAGUUCUUGCGUCUGAGAAGGGGCUCUGUCUCAAUUUACGGUGGUUACAAAGUAAACAACAAAGCGGCGCAUAAUCAUUUUGAAAGAUACUCAGAUGUCAAACCAAAA